AUGUCCUCUACUAUUUUAGAUACUAUAAUUCAAAAACUUGAUUUCAAAUCAAAGAAAAAGAAGAAAACCUCAUCUCUGAACCCUAACCAAGAAAAGAAACGUGUCAAUCCAAAAUACACAUUUCUCACGAUAGACCAUGACGAAAAGAAGAUUUGGGAACUUAUUCAACGACUUCCCUCAACUAGCGAUUUCUUUGUAUUUGACUCGUGGACGAUUGAAAACGAAUACGAAAAGUGUUUCAAGAACCAACUGUGCCUAUUCACCUGCUACUGCAAUUCUAUUAUUUCGAGAAUGGGUGACUCCCUGAAUUUUCGUCGGAAUGAAAGUGCGAGUGAUAGCAGAAAUGUGUUAUUCUCAAUCAAUUAUCUUAUUGAUCAUAAGCUAUUUGACAGAAUUGUCAAGUCAAAAUCAGGGCGGAAAGUUUUCCAAGACCAAGUGAUAUCCGGAAGCUUACCGUGUCCAAAAGAGGAUGCUGCUUAUCUGGCAAGUAUUCAGUUGUCAGUUGAAGAGCAAUGGCCCAGCAACAAAAGAACACAGACUAUUAGAAGGCAUUUAUUGAAAGGACAGUUUGGUCGAAUCCGAGACCUCGCUCAAAAAAUCAUGGUCACCCCAUGGGAAGUAGAUCAAAAUCUCUACUGUACACCACCAAGAUUCCCGAACGAGUCCACCAACGCCAGCAGAGCUCAAUCAGUGGUUGAGGAAAAUCAACACAGAUCCAGAACUCCGACUUUGUUGAGGUGUAUAACCAAUACGGAUGGGUUGAUGUCAGAAGAGAUGCAAGCUCAAUGUCUACCGAUUGAUUGGAGAGGAGACCGAAGAACGAUAAAACUUGUUAAAGAAAGGAAGAGGAAAUUGUUUCACACUAAUGUCUACGAGAGCGAAAUUGACAUGAAGAAAUUGUACAUCAGUACCGCCAAAAAACUCGCCGCAUUUGGUUGUAAAGUUUUUCAAGUCAAAGAGUUGCUACACGGACGAACACUUCGAAAAACUCUACGACUACUCUGUCUAUCGUCUGCCCAACUGUGUCUACUUGACGGAUCCACAAAACUUGUGCUGAAAAGACAGCACGCGUCGACGCUGCAACAGUGGAGAGUUGGUGGAGGUGUCAGCAAGCAUCAAUUGCUUUUGGAGUUUCGUGGAACCAAGUGGCAACUUAUUGCGCCAUCGUAUAAUGCACUGAAAUCGAUAUCAAUGACAUUAUGGGAGAUUAUGCAAAAUUCUGCUAGCAAUUCAAUCCAGCGCAGUCUCAACCAGUCGAUGCAUCGUUCUCACACCGAGGCGACAGUCUGUACGUUGGUUUUCUCGUUUGAAAAACUUUCUGAAAACGAAUUGAUAGUCAAGAACUUUGCCUCCUUCUUUCAACACUAA